AUUGUCUCUCUAUCUCGCAACCCAUAAACCACCCAACAAUCUCACUUCGACGAAUUGUCUCCACUCUGGCCACCACCACAUCUCACGGCUUCAUCCCCGCCUCCGAUUCUCUCCAAUGAUUCUCUAUGUGUUUGGGAUUUCAAAUUAAGGUUCGAAUGAUUUCAAUUUCAGUCUAGAUGAUUUGGAUUCUGAUGCUGGUUUGGUUUCGAGAAAUUCCGAAAUACCUAAAAUGUUUUGGGAAUCCUAAAAUUUCGGUUCAAGAUCGGUCAUGAGAUUUUCGUCCCAAAAAUUUUCGGUUUGGGAUUUGAUAUGCCACUUUUGGUUCGGUAUCCCAUACUGAACCAUCUCUAUCCAACUCCAUUACUACUUUUGUAAAAAGAAAAAAGAAUUAUGCUAUCAAGGACUUAGGAUAAAAGAUCAAUAAAUAAAUAGCAUUUUAGCCAAAAUAGUCAUUGAGAGUGGCAUAACUCUGUACUUUGAAUUUGUCUACCAUCAAUAUCAUUUUAGUUAUUCAAUGAAAAAUCUCUAUAAAAUAAGGAUAAAAUAACUAAAAUACCUUUAAUUUAACAAACAAUGAUUUAACAAUAAUUGAGGGUAUUUUUUUUUCUUAUUUAAAAUAGAUUUUUCAUGAAAUGACCAAAAUUAUUGAUUGUGGAUAAACUCAGAGACCAGUACUAUCGAUUUAAAAUCUCAAAGAUCAAAAUAAUUGAUUGUGGAUAAACUCAAGGAUCAGUGCUAUCGAUUUAAAAUCUCAGAGAUCAAAAUGAAGAGUUAUGCCAAUUUCAAGAAUCAAUUUGGCUAAAAAUUCUAAAUAAAUUUACUUAUUAUGAUACAAGUGAAUUGGUAAUACUAUGUGACAAUUUAACGAUCAUAUCUAAAAAAAAAACUUUUUGGGUUGGUUAGGUCUACAGUUGAGGCUACAAGUUGAAAAAGCCCAAAUCCGUUUUGACGGAAGGAAAAGCCCAAAUUUCUAUUAGCUGAAACCUACACUAUUUAAUUUUUAUUUUUUUUCCUCUUUUUCAAAUUCAAGCGCACUGUGAAACGACUUCGUUUGGUUUAUAACCCUUGCCUCCAACUCCAAACACAACGCCUAAACGCCCCCCUUUUCUCCCUCGUUUCACUCGAAAGCUUAGCUCUGUUCUCUGUAUCCGCCGUUCUCUGCCGUUCGCGCCGGGGGAGCUCGCCGUCGUUCAAGAAACCUCAUCAUCGUGAAGCAGAGACGCAUUGUUGUUGUGAAAGAUGAGUUUAAUAUCGCAGAAUGUUCCGUCGGCUUUUAAAGCCAACAAGACUAAAAGGGAUGAUGGUGUUACUGACCAGCUGCCUUCGCUUCCGCAAGGAAACGAAGACAAUGGGGAUGAAGAUGUGACUGAUUUGGAAAUUGUGAGGACGAAGAAAAGAAAGAAAGCCCGUAAGCAAGAUGAUGAGAAAGUGGCAGUGGAGCAAAAAGAAAAGGAGCAGCUGGAGGACUCAUUGUUUGGAGCCAUUAAUUCCCCAGUUGAGUUUGGAAAGGGGGAUGAGGAAGAAGUUGGAGAUGGAGUGGAUUUGUUCUUUGUGGACCGUUCUGCCAGUGGUGUGCUUUCAGUUGAUGAAGAGGAUGGAGAGUUAUUGGAAGAGGAAACUCAGGAAAGGAAACCUGUGUGGGUGGAUGAGGAAGAGGAGAAGGCCAAAAUAAAUAUUGCUAAAGUUAAUAGGUUAAGGAAGCUGAGGAAGGAGGAGGAGGAGAGUUUGAUUUCGGGUUCAGAUUACGUGUUGAGAUUGAGGGCUCAGCAUGCUAAGCUGAACCCAGGCACAGAAUGGGCUCAACUUGAUCGACACUUGCGGGAGAGUAGUUAUUCUGAUGAUGAAUCGUCGGAUGAAGAGAAUCGGGUAGGAGUGGCCCGUGGCUACAAGGGUGUAGAAUCUGUUGAUGAUCUCCUUCGAACGAAUGAGGAUCUUGUUGUGAAGAGCAUUUCAAAGUUGUUGCCUGGACUUCUUGAAUAUUCAGCACUUCUAAAUGCAAAUGCAGAGGAACCUUCUAAUGGUCUGAUAAACUCAGUGCAGUUCCAUAGAAACGGGCAGUUGCUUCUUGCUGCUGGGUUAGACCGAAGGCUUAGGUUUUUUCAAAUUGAUGGCAAGCGGAAUACUAAAAUAGAAAGCAUCUUCCUUGAUGAUUGUCCCAUUCGAAAGGCGUCUUUUUUGCCUGAUGGGUCUCAGGUUAUUAUAGCUGGAAGGAGGAACUUCUUUUACAGCUUUGACUUAGUGAAGGCGAAAGUAGAUAAAAUUGGACCCCUGGUUGGUAGAGAGGAGAAAAGCUUGGAAUUUUUUGAAGUUUCCCCUGAUUCUAGUACAAUUGCUUUUGUGGGCAAUGAAGGCUAUAUCCUGUUGGUUUCCUCUAAAACGAAGGAAUUGAUCCGAACACUAAAGAUGAAUGGAACUGUUCGUUCUUUAGCUUUUACCAAUGAUGGGAAGCAACUGUUGAGCUCCGGCGGAGAUGGACAGGUUUACCACUGGGAUCUGAGAACUGGGGCUUGCAUCCAUAAGGCUGUUGAUGAAGGUUGCAUAAAUGGAACAUCUCUUUGUACAUCUCCAACUGGAACACUGUUUGCUGCUGGUUCAGACAGCGGCAUUGUCAACAUUUACAAUAGAGAGGAUUUUUUGGGGGGCAAGAGAAAACCCAUCAAGACCAUCGAGAAUCUUACAACGAAAGUAGACUUUCUCAAGUUCAAUGGUGAUGCUCAAAUACUGGCCAUUUGUUCGAGCAUGAAGAAGGAUAGCUUGAAAUUGAUACAUGUUCCAUCAUUUACUGUUUUCUCCAACUGGCCUCCACCGAGAAGGUCCAUACAUUAUCCCCGCUGUUUGGAUUUCAGUCCCGGUGGAGGUUUCAUGGCUGUAGGAAAUGCUGCUGGAAAAGUGUUGUUGUACAAGUUGCAUCACUACCAUCACGCAUAGAACGAAUGCUAAGGAGAUGGUCACCGUGAUCUUGUUUCCUUCAUUUCAGAAGAAUCAUUUGCCUGUUCAACGACAAUCUGAUUGUGCUAUCCGUUGUGGCAAUUAGUCUAGAAAGGUAGUCUACAAGUGCUUUCAUGGCUUUCUUGAUGCAGAAAUGUUUCUGCAGUUUUGACCUUUUAUAUUUGUUCGGCGAAUGUGUUUCACCAAACCUUUUAAGUUGAAAAUUUUGAGUCA